GAGGGAGGGGAAGGCGGCUCCGCACAGCCAAGAUGGCGGCGGUGGAGCUGGAGUGGGUGCCCGAGACGCUGUACAACACGGCCAUCUCGGCCGUGGUCGACAGCUACGGGCGGGCGCGGCGCCGCGACAUCCGCUCGCUGCCCGAGAACAUCCAGUUCGACGUGUACUACAAGCUUUACCAACAGGGCCGUCUGUGCCAGCUGGGUAGUGAAUUUUGUGAACUAGAAGUUUUUGCAAAGGUGCUACGAGCUUUAGAUAAAAGACAUCUGCUCCAUCACUGUUUCCAGGCUUUGAUGGACCAUGGGGUCAAAGUGGCUUCUGUCCUGGCCUAUUCCUUCAGCAGAAGGUGCUCCUACAUUGCAGAGUCAGAUGCUGCUGUCAAAGAAAAAGCAAUCCAGAUUGGGUUUGUUUUAGGGGGGUUCCUGUCGGAUGCAGGCUGGUACAGUGAUGCUGAGAAGGUGUUCCUGUCCUGCCUUCAGCUGUGCACCCUCCACGAUGAGAUCCUGCACUGGUUCCGUGCCGUGGAGUGCUGUGUGAGGUUGCUGCACGUCCGGAACGGGAACUGUAAAUACCACCUGGGGGAGGAGACGUUCAAGCUGGCCCAGUCCUACAUGGACAAGCUGGCCAAGCACGGCCAGCAGGCCAACAAGGCCGCGCUCUACGGCGAGCUCUGCGCCCUGCUCUUCGCCAAGAGCCACUACGACGAGGCCUACAAGUGGUGCAUAGAGGCCAUGAAGGAGAUCACGGUGGGGCUGCCCGUGAAGGUGGUGGUGGAUGUGCUCCGACAAGCCUCAAAGGCCUGUGUGGUGAAGCGGGAGUUCAAGAAGGCUGAGCAGCUCAUCAAGCACGCCGUGUACCUGGCCAGGGAGCAUUUUGGAGCCAAGCACCCCAAAUACUCUGACACGCUACUAGACUAUGGGUUUUACUUGCUCAACGUAGACAAUAUCUGCCAAUCUGUUGCCAUCUAUCAGACAGCGCUCGAUAUCCGGCAGUCGGUGUUUGGAGGUAAAAACAUCCACGUAGCCACAGCCCACGAAGACCUGGCUUAUUCUUCAUAUGUUCACCAGUACAGCUCUGGCAAAUUCGACAAUGCACUAUUCCAUGCUGAACGUGCUAUUGGCAUUAUAACUCACAUUCUCCCAGAGGACCAUCUUCUCUUGGCCUCUUCGAAGAGAGUGAAAGCACUCAUCCUGGAGGAGAUUGCCAUAGACUGUCACAACAAGGAGACAGAGCAGAGGCUGCUCCAGGAGGCUCAUGACCUGCACCUCUCCUCGCUCCAGUUGGCCAAAAAAGCCUUUGGGGAGUUCAACGUGCAAACAGCCAAACACUACGGCAACCUGGGCAGGCUGUACCAGUCCAUGAGGAAGUUCAAGGAAGCAGAGGAAAUGCACAUCAAGGCAAUUCAGAUCAAGGAGCAGCUCCUGGGCCAGGAGGAUUAUGAAGUCGCCCUCUCCGUGGGCCAUCUCGCCUCCCUCUACAACUAUGACAUGAACCAGUAUGAAAAUGCUGAAAAGCUUUAUUUGAGAUCCAUAGCAAUUGGAAAGAAGCUUUUUGGGGAAGGAUACAGUGGACUUGAAUACGAUUACAGAGGUCUCAUUAAACUGUACAAUUCCAUUGGCAAUUACGAGAAGGUCUUUGAGUACCACAAUAUCUUGGCCAACUGGAACCGGUUGCGGGACCGGCAGUUCUCGGUCACGGAUGCCCUGGAGGACGUGAGCACCAGCCCCCAGUCCACGGAGGAGGUGGUCCAGUCCUUCCUGAUGUCUCAGAGCCUCGAUGGACAGAGCAGCUAAGAACUUUGGUCACUUAACCAGUUAAGGUUUUCUCCUCCCCCCUUCCCCCCGAGUUCCAGGGGGGAAAAGUCAUACUGUGAAAUCUAAACCAUGUAGUUCUCUGGGGGCUGGAAUUUGCAUUGAAACACUGGUCCAGUCUACUGAAGAGUGCCCAUACGGAUGAAUGUGUGUUCAAUUCCUCUCAGCAUGUGUAUGGCAUGUUUAGUUCGGCUCACAUUUUUAACUUGGUAUUCCCAAAAAAAAAACAAACAAAAAAAAAACCACACCCCUUCUUUCUCUCUUCUUCCAAAAGGAGCUCCUUUGCAGAAAGUCUGCAAGAAAACAUUAAAUAAAACUGUUUGAGUUCAAAA